AUGAAGCUGGCAGAAACGUAUCACAUCGCCUUCUACCGGGACGAUGCCGAUGGCCUGCCAGCGAUUGGUGCCGUCCUUGCGCCGUCAUUCGAGGAUCUCUACAGGACGAUGUGCGACAUCAAAGGCGUGCAUUUCGAGGUGACAGUGACCUCCCACUUCCAAGGCGAUCCGGUCUCCGGUCAGGCAGACGGUAAAGCGACGGGAUUUGUCGGCACAGUGCGAGUCGCAGACCUACCGGACGAUUGCAAAGCCAAGGUGUGGCAUCGCGGGCUACUCCAACUGUUGAUGCGACCGGUGCCAACAGCGCUCGAGCAAGGAAAAACGCCCGCGUUUCCUCAUGUCUCAAACAGACAGAUUCAGGUUGUUGCCUUUGCCACGUCGAAAGAGGUGGACCUGACUGAUCUGAAGCAGUGGUGGCAGCGUAGGUCCGAGGAUCCCGACGACGUCGAAGAACUGCUUUGCAUACCGUGGAAGAAGGAAAGGGCGGAUUGGCAGCCCAUCGACUACGCCUACGAAUGGUCAGACUAUGUCUAUCGACUUGGCUCCCCCCGGACGAGCGAUCUCAACCUCUAUUCCUUUUUGCUGGUGGAGGAGGGCAGCGCUGCACCUGAAGAUCGUGUAGUCAAAGUGGUUGUACCCUGGCGACAAAGCCUGGUCACCUUUGACCCGAUUCGCACGUUCAGAGCACGUCUCCCACGGGCUCAUGCGAUCAUCUCUGCCAUGGGAGGCUUGCAAAAUCCGCGACAAUGGCAGCCCGAAGCAGACGAGCAGCUCUUUGACAAUCCAGACACAGUAGUGCAGUGA